AUGGAGACUCAGAGAUCGUGGGUCUCUCUCGGAGAGAAAGGCUCUUCUCUGUCUUCUUGCUCUGUCUAUAAGAUUUCCACCAGAGUCGCUCAAGUGCGAGUCGACUCUUCUGCUCUCGAAAGAUUGUCCAUCAAAAACCCUGAAAUUGCUCAAAAGAAGUCGUCUCUCACAAUCCCUCAAGACUCUACGAUCGAAGAGCUUCGAGCUUCUUUAGUCGUUCUCUUAAACAAACUUCUCAUAUCUUCUUCCUCCUCAUCUACAAUCAGUAGGGUUCUUUCGGAGAUACUGAAUUCGAAGGAGUUUGACAUGGCUAAGAUUGAGUUAACCGAAGGAGAAGGCGACUUCUUGGAGAAGUCAUGUGCUCCAUUGAUCGGUAUAUGUUCGGUUAUAGACAACAAAUCUGUAGCCUUUUCUCGGGUUGUGGAUGCAGUUGCUGCUUUGAGCUGCGAGGCUUUAAAAGCUACUGUCAAGUCUUUUAGCUCGUUGGAUUCAGGAGACAAAUUCGCCAUUGAAGUUGCUAGUGAUCUCAACGUUUUACCAAACGGUUCUAAAUUAGUUGUUGGGGAUAACAAUGAAGAAGUCGAAGCUGUUUCGAAGAUCCCUGGAAUCCAUGGGAGAUUCCGUGAUGUAGUGAAGGAUCUGAUGUUAGGGCAGAAUUAA